GACGUUUGUUCAGUCAAAUCGAAAUAAAACAUGGCGUCGAUCCUAAAAUUUUCGAGAUCUUUUUCAAAUUUAAAGAAAAUCGACUCUAUAGUGAAGGUAUCCAGCAAUAAAAUCCGGGGAGCCUCCACACAGGCCGAAGCCAAGACCGUUCUACUCAAUGUCCCCCCGACCAGAGUCACCUGUUUAUCAAACGGCUUGAGAGUGGCCAGCGAGGACUGGGGCUCCCAAACGGCCACCGUCGGUAUCUGGAUAGACGCCGGCAGUCGAUACGAAAACGACUGCAACAAUGGCGUCGCCCAUUUCAUGGAACACAUGGCCUUUAAGGGCACGAGCAAAAGAACGCAGAGCCAACUGGAAAUAGAAAUCGAAGAUUUGGGGGCGCAACUGAACGCCUACACGAGCAGAGAACAGACGGUGUUCUACUCGAAGUGCCUGGCCAAAGACGUGCCCAAGGCCAUCGAAAUACUCGCCGAUAUCAUCCAAAACGCCAAGCUCGGCGAAACGGAGAUCGAACGGGAGCGAGGCGUGAUACUGAGGGAGAUGCAAGAGGUGGAAUCCAAUUUGCAGGAGGUGGUUUUCGAUCAUUUGCACUCGACUGCUUAUCAAGGCACACCCCUAGCCAAUACGAUUUUAGGACCUACGGCUAAUAUUCGAUCGAUAAACGCCAAAGAUCUGCGCGAUUACCUAGCGAAUCACUACAAAGCAUCGAGGAUAGUCGUGGCCGGAGCGGGGGGCAUUAAUCACGAUGAAUUGGUCAAACUGACCGAAUCAGCUCUAGGAUGUUUAAAUAACGAUUACCCUGGUGAGAUACCGGAGAUCGGCCCUUGCCGGUACACCGGCUCGGAGAUCCGCGUCCGGGACGAUUCGCUGCCGCUGGCGCACGUCGCCCUCGCCGUGGAAGGGGCCGGUUGGACGGAUCCCGACACGCUCACGCUGAUGGUGGCCUCCACCUUGCUGGGCGCUUGGGACAGAUCGCAGGCUUCGGCCAAGCAGAACGCCACCACGUUGGCCAGGGCCAGCGGCGAAGGGGACCUCUGCCAUUCGUACCAGAGCUUCAACACCUGCUACAAGGAUACGGGUUUGUGGGGCGUUUACUUCGUAUCGGAUCCGCUGAAAAUCACCGAUAUGGUGUACAACAUCCAGCAGGAAUUCAUGAGAUUGUGCACCAGCGUCACCGAAGGCGAAGUGGAGCGCGCCAAGGCCCUUCUCACCGCCAACACGCUCCUGCAGCUCGAUACGACGAGCGCCGUUUGCGAAGACAUCGGUCGGCAGAUGUUGUGCUACGGCAGGAGAAUCCCGCCGCACGAGCUCGCCCAUCGCAUCAACAGCAUCACGGCCAAGAACGUGAAAGACGUUUGUUACAAAUAUAUAUACGAUAGGUGUCCGGCCGUGGCGGGCGUGGGGCCCGUGGAGAAUUUGCCCGACUACAAUGUCAUCAGGUCGCAAAUGUACUGGUUGAGAGUGUAAAAUGGGGGUUUCUAAUCUAUCAGGAGCGUAUUUAAUACUACAGAAUGUAUAUUUUUCUUUUCUUCUACCAGUCUGAUUCGUUCGAUAAGUUUAAAUACCGAAAACUUUGUUUUGUAGUAUUACUUGGUGGUUUAAAUGUUAGUUUAAUUCGACAAGUUUCCAUAAUAAAUUAUAAACGGUAAAAUGCCUGUGUAAUAUAUUAAAUUGUGAAGUUAUGCGAGCUGUGUAUUUGAUUAUUUUUAUUAAAAUUAAUCUUAAAAAUC